AUGGCAUCGCUUGGUGAUUACCGUGUUGCAGACAUUUCGCUUGCGGACUUUGGUCGCAAGGAGAUUGAGAUCGCAGAGAUUGAGAUGCCUGGUCUCAUGCAAAGCCGCUCCGAGUUCGGUCCGAUGCAGCCUUUGAAAAAUGCUCGUGUUGCUGGAUCGCUACAUAUGACAAUCCAGACAGCCGUGUUGAUUGAAACACUUAAAGCUUUGGGCGGCGACAUUCGGUGGUGCUCAUGCAACAUUUUUUCCACGCAAGAUCACGCUGCUGCUGCCAUCGCACGUGAUGGCUCUGCUGCAGUAUUUGCGUGGAAGGGUGAGACUCUUGAGGAAUACUGGGAGUGCACACUUAAUGCCAUCACUUGGCCUUCGGAUGACGGAAAAGGCGACGGUCCCGAUCUCAUUGUGGACGAUGGUGGUGACAUGACGUUGUUGAUCCACGAGGGGUUCAAGGCAGAGAAAGCUUUCGCUGAAAACGGCACCGUUCCGAAUCCGGACUCUACGGACAAUGCUGAAAUGAAGUGCGUCCUGUCGAUUAUUGCACGUACAUUAAAGACCAACCCGAAGAAAUGGACGCAAAUAGCCCAGCGUUGUAAGGGUGUUUCAGAAGAGACGACGACAGGUGUUCACCGUUUGUAUCAGAUGGAAAAAAAUGACACGCUUUUAUUCCCUGCUAUUAAUGUCAAUGAUUCGGUAACCAAAUCGAAAUUCGACAACCUAUAUGGAUGCCGCCACUCGCUACCAGAUGGUAUAAUGCGUGCCACGGACGUCAUGUUAGCUGGAAAACGUGUGGUGAUCUGCGGCUUUGGUGACGUUGGCAAAGGUUCUGCGCAGGCUAUGAAGGCGGCCGGCUCUGUUGUGUACGUGACUGAAGUGGAUCCAAUUUGUGCAUUGCAAGCUUGCAUGGAAGGAUUCCAGGUGGUGCGUCUUGAGACUGUCGUUGCUCAGGCUGAUAUUUUUAUCACCACGACCGGCAACAAGGAUAUUAUCAUGGCGAAAGACAUGCAAAAAAUGAAAAACAACGCCAUUGUGGGCAACAUAGGCCACUUUGACAACGAAAUUGACAUGGCAGGAGUGAUAAAAAUUGCUAAGCGCCAGAAUAUCAAACCUCAGGUGGACCGCUUCGUCUUUGAAGACGGCCACGCUGUCAUUAUCUUGGCUGAGGGCCGUCUGCUCAACCUUGGCUGUGCUACAGGCCAUCCAUCCUUCGUCAUGUCGAACUCGUUCACGAACCAGACAUUGGCUCAGAUUGAAUUGUGGAAGGAGCGUGAUACAGGCAAGUAUAAAACAGGUAAAGUAUACGUUUUGCCCAAAGAGCUGGACGAGAAGGUUGCUCGCUUGCAUUUGGACAACUUGGGCGCUCAAUUGACGGUUUUGUCGGACGAGCAGGCCGAAUACAUUGGUGUCAAACCCACCGGUCCUUUCAAGUCGGAGACAUACCGCUAUUAA